AUCAAUCACUUUCUUUUUCUCCUCCCCCAAAAUCCAAAAAAUUUUAAAAUUCAAAAAGACAAAAAAGACAAAAAAAAAAUAAGGGGAAAAAAAAAAAAAUGUCAUGGUUGGCUCGGUCUCUGGCCAACUCACUCCGGAUCGACGACGACGAUGACGAUACCGAUGCCAACGACGAAGACGAAGAAAACGACGUCGUAUCCGAAUACCCUAAUGAUUCUGACCCAGCACCAUCUUCAACCACCAAGCUUUCACACCAAGACAACAAUGAUGGUGUUUUGGAAUCAGAAGAGGCCCAAUCUCGAGGCGUAAAAGAGGACCUCUCCGAACUCAAGCAAACCCUAACUCGCCAACUCUGGGGCGUGGCUUCUUUCCUAGCUCCUCCUCCUCCUCCUUCUUCUUCGCAAUCGCAACCUUCUAGUCCCUCCGCUCAUUCUGAUCUCCGCCGACUCCGCUUCGAUGAUAGCGCGGAGAUUUCGACGAAGAUGAACGCCGACUCGUUCGGAUCGGAGAUGGAAUCGGAAUCGGAUUUGGAGGAGCGCAGUUUUGGUGGCGUCGGGAUCACCGAUGAGGUUCUGGCUUUCGCGAGGAAUAUCGGAAUGCAUCCAGAGACGUGGUUGGAUUUUCCGAUUGAUGAAGAAGAAGACUUGGACGAUUUUGACAUGUCUAAAGCCCAACAAGAGCAUGUUUUGGCUAUACAAUAUCUUGCUCCCAGAUUAGCUGCUUUGAGAAUUGAACUUUGUCCUUGUCAUAUGAGUGAAAGUUACUUUUGGAAAGUCUACUUUGUGCUUCUGCAUUCAAGACUAAAUAAACAUGACUCAGAUAUCUUGUCUACGCCCCAGGUGGUGGCUGCCAGAUCAAUGUGGAUGCAGGAGCUACAAAAACAAACAAAGGAAGAGACUGGCUGGUUUUCAAGAAGCACUUUCUAUUCAAAAGACAGGGCUAAUACACUGGAGGAAGAUUUUGAUCCUAUACCAGGGAGGACUUUUGCAUCUAAACAUACUAGCUCCUCCAUGGCAACAGAUUUUGAGACUGAGAAGUACCCAGUUGAAAGUACUGAGCUACAAUUUAUUGAUAAAUCUGUUAUUGCAGAGAAGACAGUUAUUAAGACUGGGAAUAAGGAUUCACUAGUUGGUCCAUCCUCUAAGCCACUAGUUCAGAAUUUUGAAGACGAUGAGGAUGAGUGGCCUGAGGAAGGUUCUGAUUUUGGUGGGUAUAGCGGAACUGCUUAUUGUAUAGGAAAUGAAGAUGACAUAUCUUUCAGUGAUCUUGAGGAUGUUGAUGAUGGCCAUGUACCCAUAAAAAACAAGAUAGUAGUUUCAAAGGGUUUCAAGAAAAGUCCAUAAUUGCAUAAGCUUUUGCUGAUUGGAUAAAAUAUAGAGCUGGAGAGUGUUCCCAUAUGUCACACCUGGACUAAGGACUUAAAAAAGUAAACCUUCUCAGUUGUCCUAUAAUUGGUAAUGGUGUCACUUGAGCUUUUUGUACAUAAUGAAUGGUAAUCAAAGUUUCGAUAGUGCAUAAUC